UCACAGUCGCACGGUAAAUAAAAGCAUGGAGGCUCUCGGGAUCUAACACCGAGCAGCGGGGGGUAAAGACACUGCCGCAUGCGCCUUGCCCUCGCCAAAUAAAACAGGAAGGGAGCACGGAAACGGCGUACGCUUCGCCUGUUGGAUUUAACUCAUUUUCCGUGGAAGAGAGGAUCUUAGCUGGCAACAGGAGCGGGGAAGCCCGCCGUGCUGAGCAUGAAGCGGACGGCUGUAGUGGCUAGGCACAAUGGCCUCGUCUCUCCGUUGGGGAACAACAACUCCGGAGCUUCCAGCAUCGCCUCGCCACCCCAGCAGAGAGCUCCCAGUAUCUCCGCCUCUGCUGAAAUGGGUCCGGGCGGUGGGAUGGACGGCCUGCUGGAUUUCACAAAAGGCCCUACCGUGAAAACAGAGCUAGUAUGUAAAUGGAUUGACCGAACUUCGAGACAGAGGCUUGGGCGGACAUCGACAUCCGUCUGCGACCAAACUUUCAGCUCAAUGCACGAGCUGGUGGACCACGUCACCACCGAGCAUGUAGCGACGGGGAUCGAGACCCUCAGUCAUGUCUGCAUGUGGGAUGAGUGUAUGCGCGGCGGGAAGGCAUUCAAAGCCAAAUACAAACUAAUCAACCACAUUCGCGUGCACACCGGGGAGAAGCCUUUUUCAUGCGCAUUUCCCAACUGCGGCAAGAUGUUCGCUCGCUCUGAGAACCUCAAGAUCCACACACGCACGCACACUGGUGAGAAGCCAUUCCAGUGUGAGUUUUGCGAGCGGCGAUUCGCCAACAGCAGUGACCGGAAAAAGCACUCACAGGUCCACACAGCGUCGAAGCCGUACGACUGCAAGGCUCUGGGCUGCACCAAGUCUUACACCCACCCAAGCUCCUUGCGAAAACACAUGAAGGUUCAUGUCAAGUUGUCACCUACCUCUGAACCCCAGGACGCCUAUGACUCCGUCCCUCUUCAACUCCAACAACCUCAUCAGGCUCUCCUCGAGCCCCUCGACCUUAAGAUUAACCGACUCUCUCCAGCUCUUGGCAACAGACACAUAAAUUUUCCACUUCUGUCCAGCCACAGUUUGGAUUUAAGCUCAGCCAGUGAAGUUGACAAUAAGUUGCUGCUCCGUAGUUCUUCUCCGAUGGCGAUGCCUUUGGAUCUUUCUCUUUCAGGCCUGAAAAGUCAACUGUCCCAGAAACAUCAAAGUGGCAGGACCCCACGGAGGAGCCAGCGCUCAGUCAACCCAGCCUUACCUCACUUGUCUAACAUUAAGGAGUGGUACGUGUGUACCAGGACUACAGCACCACACUACCCUCUUCUUCAUCCAGACCACAUCAAAUCUGAACCUAGUGAUGACGAGGAGUACAUCACGUAGGAUGGAGGGACUGUUGAACUUGAAUAAAGAACUGAUGCCAUAUAUUAUGAGACCCAAGUCAGGCAAGCAGGUUUUCUGUGGAAUCAUAGUUGCUGUUAUUUUUCAGGACCAGCAGCUGUACGAUAUAACAUCAGUGUCCAAGACUAAAAACUGUGAAGGUUUUACUUCAACUCAAAAAAGCGUAGCUCGAAGAGCUGCACUAUCUGUGGACCUAAAGCAAUGGCAUAGAUUUUACUAGAAGGGAGAGGAGGAAUUCCAUUGUUAGUGUAAACAAGAAAAAAUGUUAACAAGUCAUUGUUAGCUACUUUAUCCGAAUUUAACAAAAGCAUAACAUUGUAGAAGCGGACCAGGGAAUGUACGUAUCUGCUGUAGGAAAAGGAUCUGUGUACAUGAUGACCACUUUGACAGAUACAGAUGGAUAAAACAGUGCAAAGGGCUAAAACGACGCUGAUGGAAGUGGUUUGGGUUAUCUUGAGGCAGCGUUGUCCUAAUUGUUACUCAGCAGGUUCCAAACGGAAGACAUCGGGUUUAGGAGGGCACAUGCCUCUAAGACUCUACGUCUACUUUAAAUAAACACGUUUGUUAAUGUCACAAAGUUACAAAAAAGGUUGGAAACAACUGACUCUGCUGUCCUAGUAAGGGUUUCUAGCAUUGGCACUUUUUUAAAGAAGACAUGGGCCUCCACUGAUGGGAACGUGUUCAGAAGUGUGUUAUUAGAUCACAGUCUAAUCCAACAGAGUUUAUAUCAGUUCAGCUGCAGUUCGGAGACAGUGCUACUGCUUUGUGUUGAUUAUCAAGUCUCUUGUUACCUCAUCAUCUCUUUGGACAUUUCAAUUGAUUACUCACCUGUAUUUGUUUACACUUCAGUCACUACCCAGCAAUUUGAAAUGAUCAUAAAUGUCAUUCCUGUAUUCCUUUUAACAGUAGAAUGUGUAUUAAAUAAUGUCAAAUACA